UGACAUUGCCACCACCACCAUCAUCUUCACCACACCUCUUCUUUAUCACUUCACAUAAAGAAUCAAGAAUCAAACACACACACAUAUAUAUAUAUAUAAAGAGAGAGAAGAGAGAGCUCAUCAGAGAUUCAGAGAGAGAGAGAGAGAGACCUGCGACCAUAUUUUUGAAAAUUAAACACAAUUUGGUGGCAGAAAUGGCAAACAAGUUGAGCAUGGCUUUGGUUAUAACAUUGGUUGCAACUGCUGCCAUGUUGCAUGGAUCAUCUGCACAAACCACCCAUGUUGUGGGUGAUACCACCGGCUGGACUAUUCCCACCAACGGCGGCGCCUCCACAUACUCCACCUGGGCUAGCCGGAACACCUUCACCGUCGGCGAUAUUCUUGUUUUUAGAUUCCCCACAGGAGCCCAUGACGUGACUCAAGUAUCGAGGGCUGGUUUUGAUGGAUGCAAUGCCACAAACCCAAUUUCUCAGAACACUAAUGGCCCAGCAAAUAUAACCCUCACAACUGCUGGCCAGCACUAUUACAUCUGCUCCUUUCCAGGCCACUGUGGAAUUGGCCAAAAGUUGGCUAUAAAUGUCUCCGCCGCCGCUUCAACUGCUCCGGCAACUCAGCCAUCCGCCGCCGCCUCUCCACCGCGUGCCACCCCCGCACCGGUGCCUUCUCCUAGGGCUCCAGCAUCAACCCCAGCGGCCACUCCUGCCUCCCCGCCAUCCUCUGGCCCUGCACCCACCACCCCAUCUGUCCCUUCCGUAGAUUCUCCGCCGCCGCCUAGCACCGCCGCACCUUCUAUGGCUAUUGCGGCCUUGCCACUCACUUUUUUGUCGGUUGCCUUAGCUUUCUUUUAUUAGAUUAGACCAUUUCUAAGUUUUUGCCAUUCACA